AUGACUGGAACGCGACCGAUCGCGCAAAACCCCUACCGAGCAGGACCACACGCCCGGGAGGCGGAGAUGAAAAAAGUAGACCGUAUGCUCCCAGCCGGAGUAAUCGAGCCGUCGAAAACAGCAUGGGCCUCACCGGUUGUACUGUUGGAAAAGUGCUCUUUCUUCACACAAGAAGUACAUUACCUUGGCCAUGUUAUACGGCCAGGGACGCUCUCGAUUGACGAGGUGUCGACCAGGGCUUUACGCGAAAUCGCGAUACCAACCACCCAGACUGAGCUCCGCUCGUUUUUGGGUUUGUGCAACGUCUAUCGACGAUUUGUGCCGAACUACGCCCAUAAGGCGGCGCCGUUGAACCAGCUUCUCAAGAAGGGGCAACCUGCUAAGCUGGAACCCUUCGACGAAACCGAGAUCAAGGCCUUUGAUACGCUGAGAGAAGCGGUGAUCUCCCCGCCAAUUUUGGCGUUGCCCAAGGCUGGGUUCCCAUAUUCAAUGGACACGGACGCCAGCGACUACCAAGUCGGCACGGCGCUCUUCCAAUCACACGAAGAUGGACAAAGGAAGCAUAUCGGGUUUUGGUCUCGAUUACUACACGCUGCAGAGCGAAAUUACUCCACUUCGGAGAAAGAAUGUCUCGCUGUUGUGUGGGGUGUAGUGACGCUGCGGCCCUAUCUCCAAGGAACCCGGUUCACGGUACAUACCGAGCAUUCUUCCCUCCGCUGGUUAAUGGAGAUCACGGACCCAUCAGGCCGACUGAUGAGGUGGCGACUCCGUCUUGGAGAGUUUGACUUCGACGUGAAGUACAAGAAGGGCAAGCUCAAUACCCAAGCCGACGCGUUAUCGCGACUGUUCACAUCCGGGGAGACGACAGUCCCCGUAGAUGAAGAAAUCCCAUGUUUUCUGGGAAGAUUCUCCGAAAUGGAGCCAGUCGAUAAGUUUUCUGACGACUUCGAAGAUCUCGAGUCGGCAAGGUUCGACGCGAUAUUGACCAGGGAACGCUACUCGACUGACGAGAAUUUAUUGGAUCCUAUCACAAGGGAAGAGAUGCUACGGGGCGGGGUUCUCGUCAGGAACGUAAAUGCGACACCACAAGUGGUGGCACCACAGGACUUCCAAGCGAGGAUUCUUUACAUGGGACAUCAUGCACUGCUUGCCGGUCACCCCCGUGGCAGGAAGAUGUUCUACACUCUAACUAGAGAUUGCUACUGGCCAUCGCUGGCCGUAGAUUGCUACGUAACUGCAAGAAAUUGCAUACAUUGCGCUAAAGAGCGAGUCAAACUUCGGAGGAAGACUAAACGCCUCAAGCUGUUCCCAGCUACGGCGCCUCUCAAGUUGCUCUCGAUCGAUCUCCUUGGGGAGUUAAUCCGUACCCCUCGCGGAAUUCGGUGGCUCCUGGUGAUCACGGAUCGCUUCUCCAGGCUGGUCCGCACCGUGCCUCUCAAGAGGAUUACUGCCGCGGAAAUCGCGAAGGCUUUCGUCCACCAUUGGGUGUUUGUCUACGGACCACCAGUCACGGUGCUGGCGGAUAACGGAAAGCAAUUCGUGUCCCGACUCUUCCAAGAGAUUUGCCGCAUCCUGGGCAUCAAGAACGUCUUUACGACGACCUACCACCCCUAA